CAUUUUGAUACAUAGACGCGCGAAAUGUAAACAAUGAAACCGCAUAUAUUGCUUUACAUUGAAAAAUACAAAGAUUUAUAUAUAAGUAUUCUAAAGUUACAACAAAAAUAGUAUUUUAAAAUUAUAAAUAAUGCAAUGGACGAAAGACUUAACAAUAAUCUAAAAGCACUCCAAGCUGAAGUUGAAUUUCACAGACAAAAUCAAACACUAGUAGACCAAGAAAUUAAAAAUUUAAUCGCCGAUAAUCAAAAGUUAUCCCAACAAGUGGGAGUACUAUUGAAAGAGAAGCUGCAAUUUGCGCAACAAUCUUUGGACAAUGAUCAGAGAGAAGAACUAGAGGAAUUAAAGAAACAAGUCAAUUUACUUACCAAGGAACGAGAUUCCUUACAUGUUCUUUGGCAGACAUCUCAGAAGACCAUCGACGCUUUGGACAUUGAACUGAAAGCAUACCAAAACUAUGACGACGGUCACGGAAAACAGAAUUCAAACGACAAAAGAGACUUGGAAUAUAAGCUGGACACAGCGCUGUCCGAUUACGUGGAAUUGGAGACGAAAUACAAAAAAAUACACUCGGAACUCAAUCACAUAGAAAAGGUAUUAAAAGAUAAAGAUAAAGAUAUCAUACAUUAUAAAGAAAAAUGUGACGCACUAGAAACAGAAGUGGAAAAUUUAAAGAGAUCUCUGGAUGAAUAUAAAAUAAAUUUAACAGCUGAGAGAAAGAGCCGCGACGACAUCAAAGCUCAGUUACUUCUCAGUCAGAAAGAAUGCGUCGAUAAAAUCAAAAGAGAGGCGGAGGCUAAAACGAAGGUCGCUGAGGCUCUACAACUAUUUGAUGUAGUGACGACCCAAAAGAAUGAAGCAUAUAAAAAAAUAGCCGAAAUCACAGAAGAACUGGGCAGUCUUAAACAGAUCGUAUGUCAGAUAGAGAGAAAGGCGGAGGCAAGUUACAGGAAGGAAGUAGACGAACUGAAACAAAAUUAUAACGAAAAAGUGACGGAUAUGCUGCGACAUAUAAGGAACUUGGAUGCUGAAUUAGUUGAAAAGGGACUCCUGUUGAACAAAACAAUGAGGGAAAACAAGGUGCUGCAAGCUAGUAAUGAGAAUUAUAUGAAACAGCAAAAGAAUGAUAUGAGUUCUGUAGAUCCGAAACUCGCUCUGGCUGAACAGAGGUUGGAGGCGAUGUUUCAGGAACUGGUGUGUUCAGAGAGACGGAAUAUUCAGGUCGUCUGUGAGAAGCAGUGUCUCGUCAUGGAUAUACAGCGGAUACAGGAUGUUCACACGAGGGAAAGGAAACGAUGGGAAUGGGAAGGAAAUCUCAUGAAGACGCAGAUAGAGGAACUUAAGCUCCAAGUUGAUCAUCUUCAGAAAUCCUUGAACGAAUCACAUGAAAUGAUAACUAAACUGCAGUCUGUGCUGUCUUCGAGGACUGAGCUGAACCAAAAAAUGGUUUCAACCAAAGAGGAAGAGCUCAUUGAAUUGAACAAACACCUGGAAAACCAAAUGGAACUCAAUAAGAAGUGGAAGGAAUCGUACAUAGAUAUGACGGAGAAAUUAAAACAGAGGCUGUGCUCACUGCAACGGGAAAACAAAGAACUGAAGUUACAAUUAAACAUACCGCCAAUCAGCUCUCCCAGCACGAGCGACGGAAGUUAGAAUACUGUGCAAUAUUAGUUUAGUUGAAUGACAAUUAAUAAAUAUAUUUACAUUAUUAACAGAAA